AUGCCUGCUCUUGUUAAUUACAGCGGUGACAACGAUUUCUAUAGUGGGGGUCCUUUUCGUUCCGGAGAUUCUGGCAUCGUGUUAUCUAUUGGUUCCAAUGUGGACAUAUACUGCCCUCCAAGAAAGCGUGCACGAAUCAGCGGCCCAUUGGUUGUCGAAGGGAGUGUAUUUGAAGAUAAAAGACCAUCCAUUGAUAUGCUCCCAGAUGAAUGCCUAUUUGAGAUCUUUAGACACUUGCCAGGAGGCCGAGAGAGAAGUGCCUCUGCUUGUGUUUCAAAGCGCUGGCUUACAGUCUUGAGUGGGGUCCGCAGUGCUGAGUUUUACCGGAGCAAAGCCUCACGGGGACAAUCUGAUGAUAUGAACGUGGAUCUGGCCUCAAAUAACACAGAAUCAAUCUCUGCAGAUGAGGAUCUUGAGGUGGAUUGUGAUGGAUAUUUAACGAGGUGUGUGGAAGGCAAGAAAGCAACAGAUCUUAGGCUUGCUGCUCUUGCCGUUUGUACUUCCAGCCGUGGUGGAAUUGGAAAACUUUCGAUCCGAGGAAGUAAUUCUAUUCGGGGUGUUACUGACCUUGGUUUGUCAGCAAUUGCCCGUGGUUGCCCUUCCCUCAGGUUUCUUUCAUUGUGGAACAUCCCUUCAAUUGGUGAUGAAGGUCUAUUUGAGAUUGCAAGGGAAUGCCAUUCAUUAGAGAAGCUUGAUCUUUCCCAAUGUCCAUCAAUUUCGAACAAGAGUAUGGUUGCAAUAGCAAAAGGCUGUCCAAAUUUGACUGCGUUAACAAUUGAAUCUUGUCCAAACAUCGGCAAUGAGAGUCUACAAGCGGUCGGGAAAUAUUGCACCAAGCUACAAUCCAUUACAAUCAAAGACUGCCCAUUUGUUGGGGAUCAGGGCAUUGCAAGUCUCUUUUCAUCGGCUUCUUCUUUGACAAAGGUGAAACUUCAAGGUCUUAACAUCUCAGAUUACUCUCUUGCUGUAAUAGGGCACUAUGGGAAGUCCAUUACAAGUCUUUUCUUGAGCGGACUUCAAAAUGUUAGCCAAAAGGGCUUUUGGGUGAUGGGUAAUGCACGAGGUCUCCAAACACUGUCAUCUUUGGCAAUCACUUCAUGUCGGGGGGUAACAGAUUUGAGUCUCGAAGCACUUGGAAAGGGCUAUCCGAACUUAAAGCAAAUGUGUCUUCGAAAGUGUUGCUUUGUGUCCGACAAUGGGCUCGUUGCGUUUGCCAAAGCUGUUGGCUCUCUUGAGAGCUUGCAAUUAGAGGAGUGCAACCGGAUCACCCAAACUGGGAUUCUAAAUGCUAUUUCUAACUGUAAGUCUAAGUUAAAGUCUCUUACCCUGGUGAAGUGCAUGGGAAUUAAGGAUCUAUCUCCUGAGACUCUAAUGCUUUCUCCAUGUGAAUCUCUUCGAUCGUUGUCCAUCCGAAGUUGCCCGGGAUUGGGUAGUACUAGCUUGGCCAUGCUUGGGAAGUUGUGUCCACAGUUACAUCACUUGGAUCUCAGUGGGCUCUGUGGGAUAACAGAUACUGGUCUUCUCCCUCUUCUGGAAAGCUGUGAAUCGGGACUCGCUAAGGUCAAUCUUAGUGAUUGUGUGAAUUUGUCGGAUGAAGUGGUAUUUUCUCUAGCCAGGUUGCAUGGUGCGACCCUUGAAUUGUUAAAUCUUGAUGGUUGCCAGAAGAUUACGGAUGCAAGUUUAGGGGUGCUUGCGAACAACUGUCCGUUGCUCAAUGAUCUUGAUCUUUCAAAGUGUUCAAUCACUGAUUCUGGUGUUGCUGCUUUGUCGCGUGGAGUGCAAUCAAAUUUGCAGAUUCUUUCCCUAUCAAGCUGCUCAAUGAUAACCAACAAGAGCAUUACCGCUCUUAAGAAACUGGGAAGGACAUUAGUGGGGUUGAAUCUCCAGCAUUGCAUUUCCAUUGGGAGCCGUACAAUUGAGCUACUAACGGGGAACUUAUGGAAAUGUGACAUUCUCUCAUAA